AUGGGUCACAUGUAUGCUCCUGAGAAGAGCCUGUCCCACUGGGCUCUGCCAUAUUGCCAAAGUGUCCCCACCUGGCUUCUGCUGACAUCUGACAACAUGAAGGAGAAGAUUCACAAUCUAGCCAAGAAGGGUCUGACUUCCUCACAGAUCAGUGUGAUCCUGAGAGACUCUCAUGGCAUUUCACAAGUAUAUUUUGUAAUGGGUAGUAAAAUCUUGAGAAUUCUUAAGUCUAAAGGACUUAUUCCUGAUCUCCCUGAAGACCUCUACCACUUAAUUAAGAAAGCAGUUGCUGUUUGUAAGCAUCUUGAGAGGAACAGAAAGGCUGAGGAUGUUAAAUUCCAACUCGCCCUGAUUAAGAGCCGGAUUUACUGA